AUGACGCCGAUGCUUCAUCUCGCCGCCAUUCUUCAUUCCAUAGGCUUCUCCAUUUCUUUCAUCCACACUAAAUUCAACGCCCCCAAUUCCUCCAAAUACCCUCAGUUCACCUUCCAUCCCCUCUCCGACCAUCUCUCCGAAUCCGAAACUGCAGUGUUCGGAGCCUUUCCGAGAUUUAUUGACUCAGUUCUUCACCGAUUCCUCCGAGAAUCGUCCCUACGCUCUGAUUUCAGAUUCUGCCCUAACUUUCACCAGAGACAUCGCCAAGAGCUUCGCCCUGCCGAGAUUUGUGCUCAGAACCUCCGGCGCGGCGCUUUCCUCGUCUAUAGCUCAUUUCCUCUGCUUCAGGAGAAACAUUAUCUCCCGAUUCAAGCUUCUCAGUUAGAACAAUCCGUUGUCUAUCUUCCUCCACUAAGAGUCAAGGAUCUGCCGGCGAUCGGCGUGCCGGACAUGGAAACAUUCACCAAGUAUAUAUCAGAGCUUGUCGAGGAAGCUAAAACUUCUUCAGGCGUCAUAUUCAACUCAUUCGAAGAGCUAGAAGACUCUGCCAUGGCUGUUCUUCGCCAAACUUUUCUGGUGCCGAUAUAUCCAAUCGGUCCCUUUCACCUAUACUCACCACCGAAUUCAAGCAGCUAUUUAACACCUGAUCGGACUUCCAUCUCCUGGCUGGACAAACAAGCCCCAAAAUCAGUGAUCUACGUGACUUUCGGAAGCGCUGCAUCAUUGAAACAGAGAAAAUGCUUAGAAAUCGCUUGGGGAUUAGCCAACAGCGGCUUCCAUUUCUUGUGGGUGAUCAGGCCUGGAUCAAUCUCCGGAAUGAAUCGGCAAGAUGCAUUGCCUGAACAGUUCAUGGAUAUGGUGGAGGGACGAGGAUACAUUGGCGAAUGGGCUCCUCAGCUCGAUGUUUUGGCACAUCCAGCCAUUGGAGCUUUUUGGACGCAUUGUGGAUGGAAUUCGACGCUGGAGAGCAUCUGCGAGGGCGUACCAAUGAUUUGCACGCCCAUUGCUCCCAUGCCUAGAAAAUUGCUUACUUGAUAAGCAUCCCCUGCCAUGACGACAAAUGACGCAGGCGGGACAUCCACAGAAAGCCAUUCUCCAUUCCUCAGCUGUAUUUCCAAACCAUUGACCUGGUUUUGGUGAAGUAUGGCUAAGAAGCCUUUAUCAGUG